AUGGUUUCGCCUAACCUCAUCCGGUCAGCCCUCUGGCUGGCCGUGCUAGGCACAGCAUCAGCUCUUCCCGGCCCAGAAAACCCGAACGCUCUUGCGCCCCGUCAACCCAUCGACGCCGACCUCGUCCCCCCUCCCACCGACAACGACGCCCCUCCCGCCAUCGACACCACCAAGCUCGCCGGUCACGAAUUCGCCGUCUGCCACAACCUCGACGGCGAUUACAAACCCUUCUGCCUCCCCAAACACAACGAAACCUUCAACCCCGGCGUCCUCAAGUACAUCACCUGGGACCCGGCCUUCUUCUCCAAAGGCCACACCCACGAGAAAGCAAACCACACGGUCAAAAUCAUCGGGUUUUACCUCACCCCCGAAAGCGACACCCACCAAGCCUUUGACUCUGGCGAAAUCUCGUGCGCGUGGGGUUUUUACCAGUGGUCCAUUACCCAAGACCUCAUCAACGCCAACCCAUUGUGGAAUGAAAAACCGGGAAACAAGGCGAAACACUUCAAGCAGAACACACCAACGACGAUAACCCUGAGGAUGGCGGCGCUGCCGGAGGAUGGCUCGCCCGCGGAAUGGCAUCAGGGACCGACGGUGCAGAUUGUCAAGCCGAAGAAGGGGCCGAAUAAGAGUGAUGGGAAGAGGCACCCGGCGGACGAUCAGGUGUUGUAUGUGGCGCUGCCCACGGUCGCGUUUUUCUUGAUGGCGAUUGUGAUGAGCACGUUGUGCUGUAAUAGGGGGGUGAGGAGGAUCGAUUUGGGGAAUGUGAUGGGGAGGAACAGGAGGAGUGAGAGGGGCACGGUGGGGAGGAAUAGGAGGGAUAGGGGGCAGUAUUCUAGGGUUGAUGGGAGGGAUAUGGAGCUUGGGAGGGGGGUUGGGGAGGGGAGUGGAUUGGGGGUUAGGAAGGUUGAUUAA